AUGAUCUUCACCAACUUCAUCGCCGGCGCUAUCGCCCUCUCUGUCGGUGUCAGCGCCGGCCCUUGCCGUAUCAGCUCUCAGACAACUGGGACUGCUGCCACCACCACUGCUGAGGCCUCGCUCGCAACCUCUACCGUUCUCACCACCACUGCCCUCGAUUUCACUACCGAUCUUACCACCUUCCUUACCUUGACUGGCACAACCACUGCUGAGACCACUUCCGCCGCUGAGGAAACCACCUCUGCUGCCGAGGAGACCACCACUGCCGCUGAUGAGACAACUGCUAUCGAGACCACUGCUGUCGAUACUACUACUCUUGAGGCCACUACAACUGCCGAGGCUACCACUACCGCCGAAGUCAUCACUACUCAGGCCACCAGCGCUGCACCUGAAGCGACAACCUCUUCAGCUGUGACUGUCCAGUGCAAUACCAACGAGGAGUGCGAUUCCCUUCUCGACGUCAGCGGACUGAGCUGCAUGGAGAACACUUGCGAGUGCAGGACUGACCAUCUUUGCCAUGUCGUCGUAUACUAG